AUGGUCGGCGACGCCCUAUCUCCAAAGAGUUCAAGCGAUAACGAAGACAUUUCGACAACCAUAUGGAUUCAAAUGCCAUUUGUUAAAUGGGCUGAAAGAUUCGAGGGCAAGAAAAAAUUAGAUUACGACACAGAGAUCACUUCUUCUGAAAGUAUAGCGAAAACUUUUAUGCGAGUUUAACUUUUCUCAGUUUUGUAAAUUACUUAAUCAUAAAAUUUUUUCGAACAGUUGAAUAACGCUAAAAUUUGUUCAGAGCUCUCGAACGAAUAUUGGAUGACGUUUCAACAGAUUUCGGAGGUCGUGUUUUUGCUGAUUUUUCAUCUUCAUGUGUGAACCAACUUCACGAUUUACAUGAGGAAAAGGCAAAACAAGGGGCGAGUUGAAUAGUUUGUAUCUAAAAAUGUUUAAAGUUGAACUUGCAAAUUUGAAACGGCAUCCUAGUCUUCUUGGUUUAAAUAAAAUUUUUAGCUGAACGACGGGGAAUAUUUCCCACAUGGCUGCCCCAUCUUCAGGCGCCAGGGUUCAAGUUAUUUCUUUCAUCCAAGAAAUUCAUUCGCCCUACCCAUAGAAGAUGUGAGAAGUCGAAAUUCGAACAAUCUUUGAUGUUUUUGUUAUUUCUAGAAUAAUAAUAACAGUCAAAGUCCAAAAGUCGAUUUUCCACGCUCGCCGCCGAGACAAUCUAACGAAGACGACUACGACGGUUGUAGUGAGGGAUUCUCGACGGAAAACGAAUCAUCGGACAUUGAAAUAGUUCCGGUAAUUUUUUUUUUACAUGGAUAGCUUUCAAAUUACGCAUUUUCAAGGCGGCCGGUCGUAUUACGGUAAUCAAGCUAGGUUUUGAGUAAUAAAAUUAAAACUUGCGUAGUGUUUGUGACGUGACUUAUCUUGUAACCUCGAGAAACAGGUCCUUAACAAAUCGCAAAAAAGAAAAAAAAGUUUGAAAAAUUUCCUGGCUCCGAAACUGAAAGCGCAAUAUUGACCGGCCGCUGUAGCACUUUCCUAAACAUGCGUGAAAUCUCAUUUAAAAGAGAAAAAAACGCGUUUUUAUUUUCUUUUUUCAUUCCCAUGUUUAUUAGGUUGAAAAGGAGGUAUCUACUCAGCGCUCUGAAAGGAAGCGUAGACAAAAUUCUGUCUAUACAAAGGUGAGGCUUCGAUUAUUUGCAUUUUUUUUUUCAACUCAUAAUUUCAGGUUCUGGAAGAUGAUUAUUUUAAAAGGACCAGCAGUUCAAGAUCUGAUCGUAAGCAAGAGAAUGUUCAGAUGAAAGAAGUUUGAUUUUCCUUUUUUUGGAUUUCAAGGUUUUGAAAUCUCUUCAGAGUCAGAAUUAUAUUCCUGCUUCCGAUGAUCGCUUAGCCUUGGCGAGGUAUCCUCUGAGAGAGGUUGUCGAGAGAUCGCGAGACAUUUUUUCGGAUGAGGUCCCUUUUUUCGCAUUAGUCUUUUGUUUAAUCUCGAAGCUUCACUAUUUCUGGCCUUGGGAAGUUUUUAGUGAUUGCAAUGAUAGAGGUUUUUUCAGUCUGAUGAUGAUGUUGAUGAUAAUUUUUCUCUAAUCGAUUUUCUCUCGCCUCAAAAGCAGCAAGAAUCUCCCAAGGUUAGCCCCGAAACUUUUUUCAAAGUAAUUUUCCUGGUCUUUGAAUCAACAAAUUGAGCUGAGCUUUCCAGAUGUCUCCUGUCAGGAAAACCAGAGACAAGAAGGCCAAGAAGAAUGAGACCGGCUCUUCUUUACCAUUAUUUUGCCGUCGAAAGUGCACGCUUAAUGUUAAUUAUAAAUACUGUGAGUCGAAAAUUAUUCCAUUCAACGCACUUUUGUCAUUAUUUACAGAAAAACUCGCGAUUGAAACGAGAAAACCCAAAAUUGAAGUUUCUCUAA